UGUAUAUAUCUUAGGUGUAGCAGAUCUCGUCUCAGCAUUCUUCAGUGUGGUCCACAGUGAAUUCCUCAUCUCACUUAUGCUUUAGGUUUAUAGCUUGAGGGGAAGUCAGCAGUAAGUAUUCACCAUCCCUGAUCAAGAACAGAACCUUUCACAAUUAAAACAAAAGGGUUUAUGGAAUAAGUUACUUGGCAAAAUUUGGUUUAGUACAUGCAUAACUGACUUAGUGGCAUGCUGCUCUUCAAAAACAGCUUCAUAACAAUGUAAUAUAAAACUACAAGGGAAAGAGUGAACUAGAUACAAGUGAAAAAUAAGGGACAGAAAAGAGAAGAUGAAUGCUUCUGCAGGAAGCUGUGGGAGCCCUAGCUCGGCUGAGUCCACUGGUGAUUUCUUCAAGGAACUCUGGUCCAGACUGAAAGAAUGUCAUGAUAAAGAAGUACAAGGCUUACAGUUGAAAAUAUCCAAACUGAAGAAGGAAAGAUGCUUGGAUGCAGAGAGGCUUGAAGAGUUUUAUACAAAAAACCAGCAGCUGAGAGAGCAACAAAAGGCACUUCAUGACACGAUCAAAGUUUUAGAAGACAGAUUAAGAGCAGGAUUAUGUGAUCGCUGUGCAGUAACGGAGGAACACAUGAGAAAGAAACAGCAGGAGUUUGAAAACAUCCGGCAACAGAAUCUUAAACUUAUCACCGAGCUUAUGAAUGAAAAAAACAACUUGCAUGAUGAAAAUAAGAAGAUAUCUGAACAGCUUCAGCAACUGCAAAAGCAGAUGGAGGGGAGAAAGCAACAAACAAUGGAUAUGGAGGAAGGGGUCAUCCCAGAUUCACCAGUUCGCUCUUUUUCACUUUCCCUGGCUAAUCGUAUGCGAAGAAAGAAAGAAAACAGGCAUGUUCGAUACACGGAACGUCCAAAUUUGGAGCAUUCCGAAAACAAUAGUGAGUUUGGAAAAGUACCAUUAUCAUCUACACAAAUACAUAACCAUUGUGGAGAAGAAAUACAAAUAUUAGCAGCAGACACCUACGAUCAAGAAUUGUCUCCCAUAGCAAAUAAACAAGGGAUAGCAAAUUAUCCUGUUGCAAAACCAUCUUUUAACUUGGCUGCUGUUGUGGCAGAAACAAUUGGACUCACUGUUCAAGAAGAAUCUGAGUCCCAGCAUGUACUGAGCCCUCCUAGCAAUAGUAAUGCAACAACGUCUGUGCCUCUAAGCAUUCAGCAGGAAGAUUCAAGAAAACAGCUGGCUUCUGAAUCGAGAAACGAUGACAGCUUGGGACUUUCAGAUCCAUCUCAGAACACUCCACCACAUGUGGACUGGGAUCAACAGGCAGCUUCUCCUAUUUUUGGAGCAUCUAGCAAUGUGAAGAACAAAUUAUGUUUCAAUACAAGUCAUUCCCCUUCUAUUUUAGAUACAGGACUGAAAUCUAAUUUCAAAAACAACCCCUUCAACAAUCCUUCCAAUUCUAGAUCUCAUAAAGUUAGAUCAAAAUCAGAAGAUAUUGCUCUUGUUGCACCACUUAAUCUUGGGACUGAAGUAAACUCUAUUAUCAGCCAGGCCUCAACCAAUAGGCAGAUGACUGAGAAAAAGAACACAGGUGAACCCAUAACUUGUGUCUUCAACACUUGCACAGGCAGGGAUGAGGUAAUCAAGAGCGACUUCUGCCUUGCAUCUCCAAAGCAACUGGGAAGAGGAUGUGCUAAAAGAAAGAAAGCUGAAGAUGAGCAUUUGACCAGUUGUGAGAGAACCUCUUUCAACAAAGAGAACUCUUUGCCUUUUCAAGUAGAUAUUCAGCUUAUUAAUGGAGAGCACACAGUUGACAAGCCUUUGGACCUCUCUGAUCGUUUUUCUGGAGCUCAUGGUCAAGGAAGUGAUGAGACUUGUAAAAAUAGAUUGAAACAGAUGAGCCUGCAUGAUGUUUUUCCCCAGCUAGUGAAGACUACUGCAGAGGAUUCUUCAUUCACAAAAAGCAUCAACAGUGGGACCUAUUUGUUAAGCAGAGAUUCAGAAGAGGAUCCCCAUGUACAGGAGGCAACCCUUGAUGAAACACACACAGAGAAAAAUUCCCGAUUACAAAUUAAAGAAGAAAUCCCUUCCUUCAAAGUAGCACCAUUGUCAAACAUAGUAGAUACACAACUUCUUUUUGAUGAUGUAAAGGUUCCCAGUGACCAUGAACCGACUAGAAAGAAAACCAGGGCAGGACAUGGAGAGUCUGAGCCAGCAUCUGUGCUUCAACCAAACCCUUGUAGAAUAACAAAAAGUAUAUCACUGCAAAAUGAACAAGAUAAGCCAUCUUUAGAAAAUCUGCAGUGGAGUAUAGAUCCAGGAGCAGACCUUUCUCAGUACAAAAUGGACAUUACAGUGAUCAACACAAAGGAUGGUUCUCAAUCCAGAGUAGGGGGAGAGACUGUUGACAUGAUGGACUAUACGUAUGUUAGUGAAAGUAUGUUGUUAAAAAUGAAAAGCCAAGAGCAGGAAGGAGAAGGCAGUCCAAAAGAAGAAAGAAAAAAGAAUGACACCUUAGCAGAACUAUUUGAUCGGACAUCCCAUGAAGAAUACGAAUCUUGUCUAGUAGAUGAUAGUUCUUCAGCAUGUGAUGAAAAAGAAAAUCCUCAUAAAGAAGAGGAAAACGAGGAAAUGUCAGCAGCCAAAGAGAAAAAAAAGAAACAUGAGGAUAAACAAGAUAAAACCAAACAGAAGGCUUUUGUGGAGCCAUAUUUCAAAAGUGAUGGAAGAAAAAAUACUGGGUUAGAUUUUCCUCACAUUGAGGUUGUUCGGAAGAGAGAAGAGAGAAGAAAAUUAUUGGGCCACACUUGUAAGGAAUGUGAAAUAUAUUAUGCGGACAUUCCAGAAGAAGAGAGAGAGAAGAAACUAGCAGCCUGUUCAAGACAUCGAUUCCGUUACAUUCCACCUAGUACACCAGAAAACUUCUGGGAGGUUGGUUUUCCUUCCACCCAAACUUGUAUGGACAGAGGAUAUAUUAAAGAGGAUCUUGCUCCCUGCCAGCGUCCAAAACGAAGGCAGCCUUACAAUGUAAUGUUUUCUCCAAAAGGCAAAGAGCAGAAGACAUAAAUGGAGAGACAAAGCAUGCAAAUAGGGGAGAAAUCUUUCUUGUCCUUAGAUAUUUAUAGUUAAUAUAAACUUGAAAUAAAAUGCUGUGGGUUUUUUUCCAGAAUUAAAAAUAAUUUCAUUGAGUAUGUACAUCUUACAAAGUUCAUUGGAGAAUCUGAAGUAUGCAUCAGGAAAUGCUGUUAUUUAAUGUAUGUAUAUUUCAUUAUGUGGCAAUACAUUAUAUAUUGAUUUUGCACCUUUAAAACAGUGGGCUGCCUCCUGCUUCCUUCCAUUGGAGUUGAUGGCUAAACUCCUAAUGGACCACAUCCCAGAUUUCUACUUUAAGCUCAGUGGAGUUGUACCUACUCAUGUCAGGUUUAAAUGUUGCUAGUAAACUUGGGGAAAGGGUUAGACCUCAUAGGGUGCUUCCAUUUUGCACUGGAUGACUUAAAGGAUGUGUAUAACCUUCCCUUUUUGGGCAAUAAUUGUAAUAAAAAUGUAAUAAACAAAAAUGUACUGUUAA